AUGUUUAAAGAUAGUUUUCUGUACACCUGUGCAAAUUCUGGAAAGGCGCUACUGAAGGAAAUAGUGGAGCGAAACAUCUUCUCCAGCAUCACUCUCAUUGGACGAAGGCAGUUAACCUUUGAGGAUAAAGCCUAUGAAAAUCUGUACACCGAGGCUUUUCAGGGCCAUGAUGUUGGAUACUGCUGUCUAGGAACAACCAAAGCCAAAGCAGGAGCUGAAGGGUUUGUGCGGGUGGAUCAUGACUACGUACUCAAGUCUGCAGAACUUGCCAAAGCAGGAGGUUGCUCACAUUUUCAUCUCGAAUCCUCCAAAGGUGCAGACAAAACCAGCAGCUUUCUCUAUCUGAAAACAAAGGGACAGGUUGAAGCAGAAAUUGAAGACCUGUUUGAGCGUUUCUCCAUUUAUCGACCAGCGGUGCUCUUAGUGGACAGAGAGGAGAGCAGGCCGGCUGAGUGGGUGGCCCAGAAAUUUCUUGGUGCAUUCUCCUCUGUUUUCCCUACAAUGUCUAUUCCCAUCACAGCAGUGGCCAGAGCUAUGGUUGUGAACACACUGAAAGAUGGAGAGGAGAAAGUGGAAAUUCUCGAAAACAAGAUAUUAGCCACGACUUAG